GGUUGGUUUAGAGUACGUCAUUGUCGAUAUAUUACGCUGUGCAUUCUUUUCACAAUUCCCUCGGGAGGCUAAUAACUACAGGUUCUGUCCUUGGGGAGUUGAACGGCUCACAAACUCUUCACGUCAACAAAGAAACCUGCGACUUGUGACCGCGACCCGUUUCAAAGCCCCAAAAACCGGCAAACCAGCGGAAAGUGAGUCAGAUCAACUGCACUCGAGCAGUAAAACAGAAGUUAAGACGCAUUGAGACAGAAAUUUCAAGACCAUCAGAGAACGACCGUAGAAGUAUUUCUAAAGUUUUAAACUUGAUUUUAAAACAUUUAUGCAGGAAAAUAGCGUUACUUCACCGCUGAAGGAAGAAACGGUAACCAUUGGUUGGAUAACCACCAUGGAAAGUAAUCAAAUGCCCAGGUUGGCUAUAUUUUUUUGGUGGCGAGAACUGAUUUCCUCCUCAACAGCGCGCCGCUCAUUUACUCGGCCACGUGAUAAUCUAUGUUCUCGUACACUUUUAUCCCUAACGUUGUCAAAAGGUUUUCAGACGUUCGUUAAUUGUUAUGGUACUUUUUGCCCACUUUUUUCCUUCCAGUGGUUGCGGUUUGGCCAGGGCACACUUUGAAAAACAGCCUCCCUCUAACCUUCGCAAGAGCAACUUCUUCCACUUCGUACUGGCGUUUUAUGAUCGCACGGGGCAAGCGGUGGAAAUCGAACGUGCUGCGUUCGUUGGUUUCAUUGAACAUCUUCCUGUAAGUUUUUCUAAACAUUUUGACUUUUCCACCGAUAAGCAACUGUUGUCACAGCUCGAGGUUCUUGAUACGUUUUUUUCUUACCCAUUUCCUUGUAACAGGAUCAAAAGAAUGUCCGAAAUGGAGCUUCGUACAGACUUCAACUUCUCUACAGCAACGGUGAGUUGUGUUGUUCAUUUCCCGGCCAUGUGAGUGUAGUGACGGUUCGUCGAAGUGUGUACGUACCAGACUGAGCUCGUUAUCAAAUUAAGAAGGACUCCGGUGGGAAUAUGAAAUUCACUUGUGGAAAAUAAGCGUCGACAGGGGAAAAGUGAUCCAUGGUCUUCAGAGACAUAUUUUGUUCCGGUGUAUUAACCAGACAUUGGUCGUCGGGUUUUAAUACUUUAGUUGUCAUCUAACGGAAUGCGUCAGUCUGCGCACUCGAGUAUUUACUCAAGUUGCCAAGGGACUUGCUUUUUCAAACAAAACUGUACAAGUUGUUUACUGUGCCCAAAGCAUUGGUUUCAGUUGGUGACAAAUGAAUAAGCGAAAAAUAAACAUUCAAAUUGGGAGAAAUGUGAGAAGCUAAAACUGCAAAUAUAAGGGCGCGCUCGCCCUCGCAAUCGUUUGUUUAAUUGCCCCGUCAAAGAUGCGUAGCGUGGAAAACUAAUAAACUUAUAUACAUCCCUUUAAAACUCUCACCAGGUAUCAGAAGUGAACAAGACAUCUUUGUUCGCCUUAUUAACUCGGCAACGAAGCAGGUAUAUUAAUGGGGUAAUUAAAUGUAAAAUCUGACUUGUCGAAGAUGAGUUGGUACCAGAAAAGUAGAUAUUAUCAUAUUUUAGUUCACUACGUUUUAAAUCUGGUAAUUAACAUUCUUUUCCAGUUCACAUAAAUACCAGUUUGGACGGAGAGUUCCGUUCGACCUAAAAUUUGUUUGUUGGUCUCGUCUUGCAGGACAUUAGUACUAGUGUAAAUUUUGACCCAUAAGUUCUUUCUGAUGUUAUUUUGACCAAGCAAUUAUUCCUGUCAUCCGUGAGCUGAGGUUUCAUAAUUUUACCAAAAAACACAAUGUUGUUUUUUUAUCUUUAAAUGGGCUUUUUAAUAAGAGGGCUUCUUUUGUAUGUGCCUCCCCAAAAAUUAUUUAGAGAAGUUAAGAAUCUUCCAGGAAACCUCCAGCUUGUCUUUUUAACAAUUAACAAAAACCAUAUAUCUCUUUUGCCUUAUAUUAAAAGUUGAUUAACUUUGUUUACUUCAGCCUAUUGUAUAUGAAGGCCAAGACAAAAAUCCAGAAAUGUGCCGUGUCCUUAUGACACAUGAAGUUAUGUGCAGGUAAUUAUUAAUUCUUCAUCCAGUUUUCAGUGUCUCAAGUUUGUUUGGCGGCUGUUGGGCCUUUUUAAAGUUCUGGAAAUUUCUUGCUCAUUAUAGCCAAAAAAAGUGAAGUAUGGUGUUGAAUACUAAUUAUGUGUUUCAUCUUUUGUCCGCCCUUGUUUAUAGUCGAUGUUGUGAAAAGAAAUCGUGUGGUAAUAAAAAUGAAACCCCAUCAGAUCCAGUUAUAGUGGACAGGUAUGAAACUGUAACACUGUAAUAAAUGUUGUAAGAUUUGUUCCCAUGUGGUGUUAGCUAAUAAAAAAUCUUCCCUGAGGGAACUGUUUAUCUUACUUGACUGAUUUCAUCGCCAAAAUAAUGCAUUCCAUGUCUUAUUCAAACACAGUCAAAGAAACAGAUUACUGGUACAUUGAAAUGUGUCAAGUAUGGUUAAUUGUUCUGUGAUAUUGUUCCCAGAAACAAUAGCUUGGCUUAAUUGGGCUCUGAUGUAAACAAUUUUUUGCUGAAGUUAAUCCAAAAAAUCAUGUGAAUGCUCCAAUAUGUCUCAAUGAUGUUUUGUCAAUUAUUUGCCUUCUCUCAUAUUUUCUGGGAGAUAUUAAAAUUUAUUAGGCCUUGGAAAUAAGGGAUUUGAGAACCAAAUGAACAGUUAAUGUUAAGUUUGAAGCGUUUUCAAACCUGACAAAAAUGGCUAAAUUAACUUAGGUUCUUGCCAUGGUAGAAACAAUUAGGUUUUGUUUUCUGUUUUUUUAAUUACUAAAUAAUGAGAUUUAGACACACAGUGCACCAUACAAAUAUUUUUGUUUUCUUGGGUAUUAACUUUGAAUUUCUUGUUGUAGCAAGGAAAAUUAUGUCGCACAUAUGAUCUGUUGACCUCGUAAUUGGCUUAUUAAUUUGGCUAAAGAGCAUUUUUAAAAAAACAAUAGUCAAUAGUCAAAGAGGAAAGAGUUUAUAUAUAAGAAUUGGUGUUGUCAUCGAAAUUUUUACAGACCCCACCCCAAUUCUCAUUAACCUAAUUUUCUGUAAAAAUGCAAAUAUAAAAGCUAUUGUGGUUAAUUAACAAGAAUUGUGGAACUGACUGUCAGAUGAAUUUAAUUUAAUUGAACUUGGCUUGAAAGUUUUGAAAGAAGAUUCAGUGGCAGUAUUACUAAACAAAGAAAGUUGGCGGUAUUUCCUGUUUGUCCCGGAUGACUCACUCAGAAAAAGCUUGUUGGUGCAUUUUUGUCAUAUUUCUUUCUUGCAAAAGUUUUUUUUAUGUGAUUAUUUAGUAAUGAUUAAACCCAAGGUGAUUAUUCUCUUUCCUUUGCUGAAGAAGGAAUCUUGAGCAAGUAAUGUUAUCUGAAAGUCCAAAGUAAUUAAACAAAAAAAUCUUGGAGUCAACUUGAAGUGUUUGCAUACCUUGGAUUGUUACUAAAAAAAAAAAAAAUGUUGAUCUUUAAGAUAAAUAAAUUAUUACCAGGUGUCACUAGAGCAUCAAAUAAUUAAUUAUUAGUAGUAAAUUAAAAAAGUAUAUGACUUUUUUUCUGCUUUCAAGAAGAAAAGUGAAUUUGAGCUGACUAGAAUAAACUGCUGAACAUUCUCAAGUAAACUGUGUUGUGAUGUAAUAUCAUUUGUAAUUGUUAUGACUUUUCAUUUACUUGCAGAUUCUUCCUUAAAUUUUUUCUCAAAUGCAAUCAAAAUUGUCUUAAAAAUGCGGGAAAUCCAAGGGAUAUGAGGCGAUUUCAGGUGAAUAAUAUUAUCAAGCUCUUAUAAUUUUACCUUUGGCAGUAAGCUAGUAUUUAUGGCAAACUUAACAGAGUCAAGAGUUCCAUCUGGCUGGAGGCAAACCAGCUGGCUAUUUAAAGGUGUGGCUGAGGAUUUGAACUUGGGACUACCGUGAACAGAUUCAGCAAGUGCUCAUAGCAGGACUUUCACUUGGGCCCUUCACAUUGCUAGUCCACCACUGUAACCACUUGGCCCACUGCCUUCCUAUGGUGGUUUCAGAUUUUCAAGUAAUGGGGUACCUAUUCAUCCAGACCCUAAGAAAAUAAGGGAGCCUGGCAAAAAUGUUUCUCAGCCAUGCAGGCUUUAGGCUGAUUUUUGUACUAUACUGGAUACAGGGUUGUCACUAAGAUUUCAAGUUGCUAGGUAAAUACAGCAAGUAGGUGGGGAAUCAAACAGCUAGGGAUUGCUUAAGGUUCUAUUUUUUUUCUAUUUUCCAAUAAAAGUAGCCAGGGGCCACGCUUAGCAGCCAGGGGAAAUCCCUGGGCCCUGGCUCUUAAUGACAACCCUGUGGAUAGCUUUUUGUAUCGACAUGACAGCUGCAGUGGUACAGAACUUGGACAAGUCAUUCCCACACAUUGAACAUUGUGCCAAAGUGACUGGUCGAGUUGGUUUGGUGACCUCAUUUCCCGUCCUCAUGCCUGAUUUUACUUGCAUUUCAGUGGUUUCCAGCCCUAGCUCCAACAUGUAUUUUUUCACUUCUGCUACUGUCUGAAUACCAGUUCACUCUGCACCAAACUGUGGUAUAGAAUCUGUCCAUUAUGAGACACUCUACUUUUGAGAUUGGCACGGUGCAGCUGCUUUCUGUUAACAGAAAUCACACCAAAAUCAUGGUCCUCAUGAGUGAACAGAAGCACUAUCCGAUAUGGUUUUCAUGCCAGGCACAAGAGCUAUUUGGUAUGGUACGAUCAUAGGCUUAAUUGGUUUGGCCUAAAAAUAAGUUGGGGCCUGUGCCCCUCCCCUAGUUCCAGUGGUGGUAUCUAUGUUGUUGUUCAAUAUUUUUAUCCCUGGUUUAGUCUUUAUUUUCUUUUGUUUUUGGGUAUUGUAAUUUAUGAUAAUGAGUUUAUCAAACAUUACCAUGUACCCAAAAACAAAAGAAAAUAAAAAUUAAACCAAGGAUAAAAUUGAACCACAACAUCUACACUAUAUGGAUUAGACCCACUGUUGUGCUCUCGUAUUUAUGGUGUUAAGUUUGGAAGCUCUGAUUGGUGAUCUGCCAUAGUUUUUGAAUAAUUUAAUAACGACAUGAUGUGUUCUACUUGUUAUCAAGGUUCAUAUUUCAUCCUUAUUGGAUCCAGUUGCUGGGAUGUUGGCUUGUUCUGAUAACAUGUUUGUACACAACAAUUCCAAGCAUGGCAGAAAAAGUCGCAAAGUAGAGUCUGCAUAUGGUAUGUGUGGUUGUACUGCUUUGUUUGGCUAUAUUGCAUCACAGGUUAAAGGCAUUCCAAACUUAAAUUAUGUUAAGCAUGCACAAAGCUGAGUGACAUUACUACGUGGUGAGAUUGUGUGACCACACAACGUCUUCAAAAUUGUGGUAGAUGGUCUUAGCUUGGUUCAAGUGCAGUGCUAAUGACACUGACUUUUUUGGAAACUAGGCAAUGGGCUAGUAAGUGAAAUAAAUCACUAGCCCAUGAGGGCAAGCCUUUGGUCCAAAAAAAGCCUAGACAAAAAUUCCAGGGGGUUAGGAACCAGUCUUCUCCAUUCCACUCCCUACAUGUACAUGGCUCUGUUUUGCGAGUCAAUCUUACGAUACCUCCACGGCAUGGGUAGCAAGUCCUUAGUUUACAUUAAAUACUUAUUAAUAUUAGAAACAAACUACUCAUAAAGCUUUUUUUUAAAAAAAGAACUUCACAAGUUAAAAGAGUUUUAGAAAAGCUAUUUUGUCAACUAAACUAACUGGUUUAGGGGCUAGUUGAAGCAUAUUUUUACUAACCCAACCUAAAGUUUCACUAGUCCAGGGCUAGUGGACUAGUGUUUAUAGUGUCAAGCACUGAUUUAGUGAUUAUGAGAAAUGCACCAUUUUACCAAUGCCCAUUUUUUGUCUUUUAGUGCGUUCCCUUUCAGUUUGCCUACCAUUAAUUUUUUAUUUUCCAUGACGUCUUAUAAUUUUUGAUGGUAUUCACGGUUUUGAUUGAGAAGUCAUUAAUCUUUUGUGGAGGUGGGCAAGUGGAAAAAGUAGUGUCAUUUAAUUCUUAUUUUAUCAAUGUACCAUGCUGUUUCUACCAAGGUAGUUAUGCAAGGCUCACAUUUCUUGUAGCGAAAACCCACCCCAUCUCCUAAAAUGUCUACAAACUUUUCUUUAUCUCAUUUUGAACAUCAAUAUUUAUAUUUUGUAGGGGGCUUAAUUGAAGGGCUCCUUGAAAAUAACGUCCCCUCCAAAAUGGAAUAAGAGGUCCAGGGGACAUUUUGCCAGGGACUGGUAGUUACAUGUAGGUUAAGGGGAAUAAUGUUAUUCAUAUACCAAAAUUACCUAUCAUUGUCAUUUGCAGCAAUUUUAGUCUCUAAGGUUGCAGUAAUAUUAUUGCUGGUUUUCAGCUGGCAUGACAGCAGCUAUGCUGAUGGACAAGAACAAUGAAAGCACUUCCCUCUUUAGGGAUCCCAACUCUUUUUUCUGACACAUUCUUAGAGAAAAAGUUUAUUGUUUUGUUAAUAACUGUCAACAUUCCAUAUUAUUUUUUAGCAUUUCCUAGCAUCAAGGCCAUCUGUCCAAAUGAAGGAUGGACGACUGGCGGAACACAUGUUGUGGUCAUUGGAGAGAAUUUCUUUGAUGGUUUGCAGGUUGUUUUUGGCUCACUUAUUGUUUGGAGUGAGGUGAGGACAAUGGAUUUACUUACAUGCAUUUACCUACACUCUGUGGUGCUUUUUCAUCUGGGAUAGAACAAUGUGCACAAAAAUGUAUAAUCACUCUUUUUCUUCUAUUUUUUCUUUAUGUGAACAUAAUGCAAGAUUGUUCAUAAUGUGCUGUAUGUUACGAACAUUCAUACAUGUGCAUGUUUUACAAAUUUGAUUAAUGUCAUAAAUAUAAUAUUUAUAUAGUACGCUGUAUUUUUGUCUUCAGUUCAUUACACCUAGUGCUAUCCGUGUGCAAGCCCCUCCCAGACCCAUUCCUGGAAUGGUGGAGGUUACAUUAAUGUACAGAAAUAAACAGUUUUGCAAGACUGCACCGGGAAGAUUUAUCUACUCUGGUUAGUCCUCUAGCAUUGAUACCUAGCUAAGAAAAAACAGCUGUUUCUUACAUGUAGUUUUUGUUUUUAUCGUUUUAUGUCACUUUCAGCUAAAGAUUGCUAAUACAUGUAGAUUUAUAAGAAACCUGAAAGAUUCCAAGACUAAGGUGACUUUUUUCAGCAAGCCUGCACAGUCAACCAAGAAAAGAACAUGCCUUUUUCUCGUAAGAAGUCCCCACAUUGUAAGGCUGCAGUGGGCUCAGUAAUGACUAUCGGUUUAUCAACUGGUACUGUAAUAACCAAAGGUUACAGAGUGCAGGCAACAAUGAUCGAAGGUCAAAACACUUUUGCUCCAUUGUGGUGCUUUGCGUAGGUUUCAAGUGAUAGAUGGUCAACACAUGCGCUCAGAAUACAAGUGAUAGAAGGUCCAAACGCACGUGAUCAAAUUGUGCUCUGUGCAUUCCAUUUAUUCUUAGUGAAAGUCAAAACGAAUGUUGGCUACAUAACAUGCUCCUCAUGUUGCCUGCAAUAAACAGAUGCUUGCACUCUUGAAACCAGUUUGAUGAGAGAAAACAAGAUCGAUUAGUCCAGAAGUUUCGGCUUCAGUGCAUGACUUCGAAGGCUUGACUUGAUUCAGGCAGAAUUAAGUGGGUUCUGCUGGUAGGAUAUGUAUUCACCAAUGGCUGAUAGAGUGAUGUGGAAAGAAAGUGUUUGAGGAGACUCAGCUAAGGCGAAUUAAAGGAUGAUGAUGGUAGUCACUUAGUCUACUGUCACUAUCAGAUUGUUAUUUUGUUCACUUUUUUUUCAGCCCUUUGUGAGCCUACAAUUGACUAUGGAUUCCAGAGACUGUCAAAAAUUAUCCCAAGACAUCCAGGUGAUCCUGAAAAAUUACCAAAGGUGAGACGAUUUUUUUGUGUACUGUAUUUGCUUUGCUGUUAGACAUGACCUUGACUAACGUCCAUGUUAUAAGUAGAAAAUAAAGUUCACUUUACUUAAGGGAGAGCAUUUUGUUGUAGCUACGUUAAUUUCUUUCUGUUACCCACAGGUUAUUAAAAGUGUAUUUAUUUAUUUUUUAUUUUUUCACCAAACAACUGUCGCUGUUUAAUAGUGAGAGUGUGGGCCAUGUGAUCUUUCGCUUAACUAGGAUUGUAACAUUAUCGUACCUAAAUGCGAUAGCUACCCAAAUGUUAAUUGUAUUGUUAUUUGUCUUGAAAACCAAUGUUGUGCUUAAGCUUCAAUAAAAGCAAACCAAUGAAAGGCCCAGAGUUAUUACAAGGCUCAGUUUCUGGAAGAGAAGCGUUUAUAUUAUAUUAGAGAGAAUUUUUUCCGUUUGAAUUUGACGCUACUAAUAACACGACCAUUUAUACUCAAAUACUGUCUUACGAAACUGUUUAGUACAUUCAUCUUCUACGUUUUCAUUGACCAAGAAAGUUGUAAAAUCACUAUAGCCAGCGUAGCAAUCUUUUCCAAGCGAAUUCCUCGAGAAAGUUGGGACGGGAGGAAAAAAGAAGGAUAAAGUAGGAGGGCAGGGCAGGGGAUUUUCAUCGUCUCCCCUCCCUUCCCCAUCUUCCCUUUCUUUUGCUCUCGCUCCAACUCUAGCGCAGGCUAUCAUCGCCAUAGAAGGGAUUUUAAGGAAGGUUUUGCAAACUGUUAGUUCUAAUUCCAAAUUUUCUGCUUAUUUUGUAGGAAAUAAUUUUGAAGAGAGCCGCCGACCUGGCCGAGGCUGUUUGCUACAAUAUUCCGCGCACCCCAACCCAGCUUCAUGGCUCUCAAUACCCAGCCCCUGGGGGUCCCCCACCUACCACGGCAAGCGGUACACAUUCAAUGAUGAUUGGACAACACUUCACCGCCAUCACCCCUGACGGGAUACCUAAUGGCGGUACCUACGUGGCUAUUGCUAACCCGGAAGGUCCCUCUGUCGUUUAUGGCAACUCAGGGCAUGGAAACCAGCAGCAGAGAAUAGCGGGUUCUACUGAUGUAAACAAUAAUGAGGUCACCAUAUCCACGACAGGUACUUUUUUAAAAAUUAUUUUAACCCGUUAGUGCCAAGUGUGGCCAAGGGCAAAAUUCAUCAAAAAUUCCCAAAUUUCGUUUUGUAAAAUUUUCGAAACAAAUAGCACCAUUUGGAGGUACAGGCAGAGAGGUUUCAUUUGAAUGGUCACAUCACAGGAUUUUGUCCACAGACUCAACAGUUGGAACUAUUUGAAGGGGCUCCAACAUUCACUGGCAAUGAAAGGGUUAAAUGUUAGAUUCAUUCCGUUAGUUGUGUUUUACUUUGACGCCAAUCAGUUAUUUUCUCCAGGGAUAGCAGUGUAUACUCGUUAGAACGUGAUUUUGUAUCAUCUAAUUUCCUUGUCUUAAAAUUUGCGCCCACACGGGCAAUGGAUAAUGCGAAGGAAGAAGUGAAGUCGUUCCCGGCCUAUCAUCUGGGUUACUUCACCGAAAUUAAUUGACCUUGCGGGUAUGUUUCAAGUCUUGUGGUAGUCUGUGAUCGUGCCCUCCCCAUGUCUUUAUUAUGACUAGGACUAGGUAUCGUCGGACACCUGUGAAUUAAGCUCGAUUCUCAGCCACUGGUCGGGAAAACAAGCUCGGGUUCCUCCCUUCUCUGUGAAAAGACCGAACUCAGAAGAGCGGAGGAGCUCAAGUCUAACUGCUUCCUCGUUAUCGCUGAGCGGAGGGUCAGCGUUACCAAAGUGAGCAGGCCAGAACUGUUUUCCUCUUUAGCAGUUUAGGAUGAUGACUUUAUCGCUAAAGAACACUGUUAAUCAGUAACAACGACGGAGACGGCAACGAGAACGGAAAAACAAAAAGAUUUAGAUAAGCACAACAACACCUUUGCACGAGCAUCGCGCUUUUUUGUACAUUUCUUUGCCGUCGUUGCCCGAAUAGGACGGUAAAGAACCUAAUUUCACGUUUAUUGGAGGACGGGAACACGAGACGGUGACAUUCUUCUUCUUUUCCUGAACUUCGAUACAGUCCUUUAGAAUUCAACUCUAGACAAAUUCGCCGACAUUUCGUGAACUGAACGAGAUGAAAUAAGCGCGAUAAAGUUUAAAGCAGCACGAAUUCACUUUUCAAGUGACGUUUUAGUAGCCGUCACCUUCGUUGUUGCUUAACCCUUUAAACCCUAAGAUCAAAAUUAGAAUUCUCAGUUGUCGCCUCUAUUCAUUUACUGUAAAAUAUCAAGCAAAUGCAUCUUGUGUGAUCGUGUCCGUAAUUCUCAUGACCUGUGUUUUAUAAAAAAGCAUUGCAAUUACAAGGAGAAAUUUGAUGCUGAUCACUCGUAGGGUUGAAAGGGUUGAGCUCCCUUUUAGAAAAGAGAAGAAAUCUUGGUCGAGUUAACUUUUGCAAAGACGUCUGGGAAAAAAUUGGCCAAUAGCUGACCGGCGCGUUCCCAGUAACGAUCCCAGAAAAACUAGCGCGCUUUCGAUAUAUUAAAAUUCUAUCAUGACUCCGAGGCUUUGUGGUCAUUUUUCUAUAUUUGGUUUGGUUUUCUUAAUUCUUUGUUCUCAAGUCUCUUCUGGGAAUUGCGAGACAAUGGAGUCGUGAGAAAUUUGCAAUCUUGACCCUAACGCCUCGGAGUCACGCUAGAUUUUUACUAUACGCCACUUCCACAUCUCUCAUAAUGCACCUUAUUUGCCCCCCAAAAUUUUGCAUAACCUUUGUUUUUCAUUUCUCCUGGGUGUUACAGCCGUCCCAAGAGAAAUUGAAAAACAAUGCUUAAUCAAAAUUUCUGGGGGCAUUGUGGGAAAUGUGGAAAUGGCGUAUAACGAACGUGGGCAUUUACGGGACACAUUUCGGUUCCAAUUCCCAUCUCUUUUCUUAAGUGGCCUAUAAUGGUGUGAGGUUCCGCGGCAUAGAGCUCAGUUUGAGGCGUCGUUUUAUUGUUUUCUCAUGCUUUUUAAUAGAAAGUAACACAACCACGUCAAGACACGUGAACAUGCCGCCGCCAGGUUACCCACACAGUAGCUCAUUACCAACUGAAGCGGGGCAUGUUGUAUCACCACCAAACUCUGAAGUCCAAGUCGCUCCCGGCACUGUUAUUUCUAUGUCAAGUGCAGCAAAUGGCAUCAAUGGAUUCUCCACCAGUCUUCCCCCAUCAAUUACUCUGCACAACAUGGCAGUUCCUUCCUCGCCUGGCUUCCUUAAUGGUGCAGCAUGUAAGUCGUAUAAAGCUUAACGGUUGUUAGGAUAAAAAUUCUUGUCUAUACAAGAUUAAGACUACAAAACAAUUAUUUUAAUGUUGUUAUUCCCAAUAAUCCAAAUUUCACUAUUUGUGUUGUUAUAAAUCUUUGGCUAAAUAGAAAUUUUAAUCUGUAUCAGGCUAGAUAUGUUAAUCGUUUAGCGUAGUUGGCUAAUAAAAUGAGGAAUAUUCACGCCAUAUGUUUUUCUUUUCCAAGCACUAAACUAUACUUUAUUGCUUUCCGCCAUCUUUUUCGGCGCAAGCAAUAUUGUAACUACAUGUGCACUCGCCAAAGAAACAUUGGUGGCCAUAUUGGUAGCCAUAUACGCCAGCAAAGAAAACUUGUUGGGGGAAACCUGCCAGUAUUAAUGGGUUUGAAAAAGCCCAGCGCUUAAAACGUGAUCUUUCACAUCCCUUUACGGUUACCGAGCAGCACUAAAUGCUGACUUGUCUGUGAAAACCAGCGCUUUUUUCAGAUUUGCUUUGAAAUCUUGAAAUUGACCUUUUCUCUUGUCGCCUAAAACUUAUGAGUUCUUUAAUAUAUGUGUUACAGUUGUGCCACAGUCGCCGUCCCUUCCACCCACCCCCAACAGUGUACCGCCCAAUGCAAAUGCAGGGAUGUUUGCCUUUCCGUCCAACAUGAUCCAAGCCGUGAAGGAAAAGAGUGCGUUUAAUCCUGUUAUGAGACCGCCCAAUGUGUCAGAGGGAAACCCAUCCUCUGGUUCCCAUAGUAACUCCGUGCAAGGUUAGCUACUAAAACUAGAAAUAACCAAAGGUUAGGGAGUGCGGGCGAAACGAUCGAAGGUCAAACGCUCUGUUGCUCCAACACUGUGGCUUUUGUUGCGUACGUUUCUCGUGAUAGAUGGCCAAAACACGCGUGAUCAGAUAAAGAAUGAUAGAUGGCCAAAACACACGUGAUCAGAUAACGAGUGAUAGAAGGUCCAAACGCGCGUAAUAAGGUUGCGUUUUGUGCAUUCCAUUCAUUUUUAGUGGAAGUCCAAAUAAAGCUAGCUACAUAGUUGCCGGGCAUGCGUAAUAGCAAUCUGGAGAUUAGGAUUACGGGCUCCUCUUGCCGCCCUCAAUGUCGUUGCGUGCGUUUCUUAAGCCUGCAGAAAAGGCGUUUUUGUUUUCGCGUUUAUUCAGGCAUCCCUUCCGUCGCGUGUCUUACGCUCCACACCCAGCCAUGCGCUUGCCUUCGCUGACCUAAGAAACACGAUAAAAUAGCUCCUGUUCUGCAAGUUAGACGAAGAUUGUCGUAGAGAAAUACAUGAAUCGUGGGUUCCCCAAGAUCUCUAUUCUCAGAAGGAGCGAGGAAAGGACAGGAGACGUUAGUACGUGAAAGGUGCACAGCUGAAAACGACGCGUUCUUUUUCGGCUGCUUUUCCUCCCCCUCCGCCCCCCCCCCCCCCCCCCCCCCCCCCCCCCCUCUUUUUUCCCUUCCCCUUCUUCCCCCCACACCCCUCCCCCCCCCCCCCCAUCCUUUUUAACCCCGCCCCUCCCCCCCUGAAAUGGUUUUUUCUUCCCCUUUUUUUUUUUUUUUUAAUAUAAUACUUAGUUUUGUUUGGUAGUUUUUUUUGUGUUGGUUUUUUUCUUCUUCUUUUACUACGCUAGCAAAAAAAAAACAAGAAAAAAGCCCAGGUCUUGCAAGUUAGACAAAGAGUUCGUAAGAAAAAAACAGGAAGCGGGGGGCCCCCAAAACCUCAAUUUCCGAAAGGAGGGAGGAAAGGACGGGGAACUUUGGGACGGGAAAGGUCCCCACCCGAAAACGCGCCUUUCUUUUUCCGCCCCUUUUCCCCCCCCCCCCCCCCCCCCCCCCCUCCCUCACCCACUCCACCUUUUUUUCCCGUUACCAUGUUCCCACCAAGAGCGUUGCCCCACUUUCAGAAUUCGUUUGAAGCCAGCUCCUUCAUCCUAGAAAGGGUUUAGUUCACUACUGUAUUUUAAUUAUACGAAUACGUACUGAGUUGUUUUGGUGAUAUUGUGUAGGUAUGGUGUCUCCCUCGUUUGGCGGAACAUAUGCAAUUCCUGUGAGUGCUGCAGUACAGUCCAAAACAUCGAAUCACGCAGGAGGUAAUUCAUAA